ACGUUUCCUUUUGGGGUAAGUUUUUUACUUUGCAUUUACUAGCUACCCCACUUGCUUUAUCAUUCUCUCUCACUCUCUCUCAUCUCCUUAAUAUGUGUGUCUAAAUUAAACGCGUCAAGUAAAUAGAAACGGAGGAAGUAUUAAAUUAGAUUAGCCAAAAUUGAACCAAUUAGACUUGGGUUUUAGUAUGACCCACGACCCACCCACUAUAUCAAUUGUACCAUGACCCAACUUAGCUCAAUAGACAAUAAUAAGGUUAAAAAUACUAAAACCGGGAAGGCGGAGAAAAAAGAAAAAGAAGGGCAAAUGUUGUGGGCGUAUCCUCCUACACGACGGCAGAUGGCGGCAACAGCGGCGGGAGUUGCCGUCGGAGUAACUAUGAUUGCAGUCGGAGCUUAUCUCUCCUUCGCCAACAUCGCCCCUCAACAAGCCCGCACUAAAGCUCGUAGCGAUUUCGUCAAACAACGUCUUCGCAAAUUCUUAGACGAUUGAUUUAUUCUACACUAUCUAUCUUUUUAUUGUAUGCUUUUUUAUUUUAUUUUAUCAAGGCAGUGUAAUUGUAUGAUUGAUUAAUCACUUUAUGUUUUUAUUAUGUUUCUAGCUGAGUUGUGUAAUAACUUAAUUGUGGAUUUCUGAAUUUGGUAAUAUCAUGAGAAAAUUACAUUUUUAGGCAGUGUUGCU